AUGUCGGUCAACGUGCAAGUGAGGGAGUCAAUGAUGGUGAAGCCAGAGGAGGAAACGCCAAAACGGGCUCUGUGGAUAUCGGACUUGGAUGUCGUGAUUUCGAGAACUCACGUUGGAAGUGUUUACUUCUACAGGAGGCCAAAUGUUAAAAACGGCGCGCAUCAUCUUCAAAACAACUGUGUCUUGGAUUCGGAGGUGUUCAAGUGCUCCCUUGCCAAGGCCCUCGUGCCCUUCUACCCCGUGGCCGGCCGCCUUAAGCUGAACGAUGAGGGACGUAUCGAGAUCGAUUGCAAUGCAGAGGGAGUGCUGUUUGUUGUGGCGGAGACUGACUCGGUCCUCGAUGAUUUCGGGGACUUUGCGCCGACUCUUGAGUUCCGGAAGCUCAUUCCUGCCGUUGAUUAUUCCGCUGGGAUAUCCUCUUAUCCCCUCUUGGUCUUACAGGUCACAUACUUCAAAUGUGGUGGAGUGUCACUCGGUGUUGGUCUGGAACAUCGUGUAGCAGAUGGAGUUUCAGGUCUCCACUUUGUAAAUACAUGGUCUGAUAUCGCUCGUGGGUGUGACAUUACAAUUCCACCAUUUAUAGAUAGGACAUUACUUCGUGCCCGAGACCCGCCCCAACCUGCAUUCCAUCACAUUGAAUACCAACCUGAUCCGCCCAUAAAAACCCCUCUGCGGAGCACAAACGCUAGUAGUGUUGAAAGCACAACUGUCUCCAUUUUCAGAUUGACGCGGGAGCAGCUCAACAUGUUGAAAGCCAAGUCUAAGGAAGAUGGGAACACAAUAGAAUUUAGCACAUUUGAGAUGUUGGCAGGUCAUGUUUGGCGAUGUGCAUCAAAUGCACGCCAACUUCCUGAUGAUCAAGAGACCAAACUACACGUUGCCCUUGACGGAAGGUCCAGACUGGAGCCGCCUCUCCCUCCUGGUUUCUUUGGCAAUGUGGUUUUUGCAGCUGCCCCAAUCGCUGCAGCAGGGAAUCUCAAAUCAAAACCUACAUGGUAUGCUGCAAGGUGUGUGCAUGAUGCUGUGAUGCGAAUGGAUAAUGAUUAUCUUAGAUCAGCACUUGACUAUCUGAAACUCGAGCCUGAUUUGUCGAGCCUUGUUCGAGGGGCUCAUACUUUUAGGUGCCCAAGACUUGGGAUAGCCAGUUGGGCUAGGCUGCGGAUCCAUGAUGCUGACUUUGGUUGGGGUCGACCUAUUUUCAUGGGACCUGGUGGAAUUGGAUAUGAGGGGUUGGCUGUAGUUUUACCUAGUGUAUCAAAUGAUGGGAGUAUAUCAGUGGCCAUUUCUUUGCAAUCUGAACAUAUGAAAUCAUUUGCCAAGUUGUUGUAUGACAUAUAA